CCCUUUAGCACCCACCACCUUUUUUAACGUGUUGUCGUGGAUUGUACAUUUUACUUUCCGGAGUGUACUUUGGGGUUCUAGUCGUGCAAGCUUGACCUACGGGUUUUUUGGAGACUAGCUGCCGUCUUGUAAAAAUGGCAUGGAUUACUCUUCCUUUCGCAAUUGGAGUUACACUCAUCUCUAGCCUCGCCUGGCUCAUCUAUGUGUCCUACCGACAGCGAGCUAAGAUCCACCAGCUCCGAAGACAAGGCUUCCGAAUGCCACAAAACUGGAGCUGGAUCUUCGGCCAUCUUCUGGUUCUACAAAAAGCCAGAUCCAAGUUUCCUUCGGAUGCGGCCGCCUGGACCACGGCUCUACGAGAGCUUGCCCUAGGGGCUACAGACACCGAAGUCCUUCUCGUGGACUUAUGGCCGGUUUCUCCUCCCCUGCUGAUAGUAGCUGAUCCGGAAGUCGCCGUUCAGAUAACCAACAAGUACAAUCUUCCCAAGACCCGGCACAACUCUGAGGACUCUAUGAAGCCUAUUGUGGGUGGACCGAGUAUAAUUUCCAUGAAUGGUGAAGAAUGGAAAUUAUGGCGAGGUCUGUUUAAUCCUGGAUUUAGCGCGGCGAACAUGACAACAUAUGUGCCAUAUAUCGUGGACUGCGUCCAAGUUUUCUGCGAGAAAUUAGAGGAGAGAGCAGGAAAAGUGCUCUUUCAGCUCGAGGACUUAACCACGAGAUUGACAACAGAAGUGAUUGCCAAAGUGACACUAGAUGUGGAUCUUAAUUAUCAGCAUCAAGAUCAUGUGUUACCGCACGCUUUCAACACUAUCAUUAACUGGCACUCCAUGUGGAACCCAAUGAUUUGGGCCAAUCCACUUCGGCCUUUAGUCCAAAAAUACUACGGGCGUAUCAUCAAAAGGUUCAUUCGAAAGGAACUCCAAGCACGCUUCUUAGAACUCCAAACUGGACAGACUUCAAUUGCCAAGAGAGGUCGUGCAAAGUCCAUCAUCGCGAUUGCUCUCGAAGGUUAUAUCGCAGAACAAGGAAAUGCUUCCGGAAAUUCUACAAGCACUGGGGAGUUAAAUGAACAUUUUACUGGCUACGCAAGCAAUCAGAUACGCCUCUUCCUUUUUGCGGGAAAUGAUACUACAUCAUCCAGCAUAAUCUAUCUCUAUCACCUACUCUCACAGAAUCCUCUCGUUUUAGAGAAGCUCCGUGUCGAACACGAUGCAAUUUUCGGACCCAAUGUCGUCGAAGCCACAGACAUGCUCAAGGAAAAGCCUGCAUUACUCAACCAGUGCCACUACACGCUUGCAGUUGUUAAAGAAACAUUACGUCAUUACGCACCAGCGGGGACGCUGAGGUCUGGAGUCUCUAAUGUUGUUCUCACCGAUCGCCACAAUAAUUCUUACCCUAUGGAUGGUAUAUGCGCCACGAUUAUCCAUGCAGCUAUGCAUAUGAACCCGUAUUUCUGGGUACGACCAACGGAAUUUCUCCCAGAGCGCUUCGUCGUUGAUCCAGAGCACGAAUUGUAUCCCAAUCCAGCAGCCUAUCGUCCCUUUGAGCAGGGGCCUAGGAAUUGCCCUGGGAUAACUCUAGUAUACAAUGAAAUGCGGAUCGCUCUGGUUUUGACGGCGAGGCGGUUUAUUGUUCAGCCAGCGUAUGAAGAAUGGGAUGAGUUGCAGGCCAUGAAUAUGGGAUUUUUGAAGACAUUGGGCAAGAGAUUAGGCGUGGUAGCAACCGAGCCGAACACUGUAUAUGGAGACAGAGCAUAUCAGACAGAUACGGCAGGAACGCAUCCUAAAGAUGGAUACCCAUGUAGAGUGGAGCUCCUGAAUCGUAGUUUGUGA